AUGAUGACGCGUGAAAAGGGAGGAAACAAAGGUUUAGUCAAAACUCCAUAUGAAGGCGGAACAACUGGUCUUGUUCUCGCGGAUCGUCUGAGCGAGUCCGGCGAUCAACGAGUACUGGUCCUGGAAGCUGGGCCUGACCCUCAUGUCGUUGCUAUGCAUGAGGCACCCGGUGCUGUUGAAUACAUCGCGGGCACCGCGAUCGAUUGGAACUUUUACACUGAACCACAGGAGUACCUCGGUGGUCGAAAACUUGCCUACCACCGUGGCCGUGGUCUUGGUGGCAGCAGCAUUCUCAAUGGCUUGUACUAUGGCCGCGGUUCGGCCAAUGUCUAUGAUCAUUGGGUUGAACUUGGAAACCCCGGUUGGAGUUGGGAAGAGGUGUUCCCCAAGUUCAUAAAGGCUACUCACUUCAACCCGCCCAACAAUGGAAGUGGUUACAACCAACGUUACCAAACCUGGGACCCCGCAGCCUACUCCGAUGGCCCGUUAGAGAUUGGUUUUCAGGGGUUCGUUCCACCUUCAAGUGUCGCUUUCAUUGAGGCGUGCGAGGCUGUCAAUAUUCCCAUUGUUGCGGACUUGAACACUGGCAAGAAUGUGGGCGUCAAGCAAGGCUCUGCUACCAUCAACUCCAAGUACAGACGUAGCUCAGCUUAUGACUACUACAAGGCCAUUACCAACCGCCCAAACUUACUAAUCCUUCAUGACUCACCAGUUCAGUCCAUAGCCUUCACAAGGAAUGCCACUGGAACUCCGAUAGCAAGUGGCGUUGUUUUCAUCGACCACUCUCUUGGACGCCACCGUGUCAUUUCAGCCUCUAAGGAAGUCAUCGUGACUUUGGGCACCUUCCAGUCUCCCCAGAUGUUGAUGGUUUCGGGAAUUGGUCCGCAAGCCACACUGGAGGCCUUUGAUAUAGAGCCAGUGGUAAUCAACGAAAACGUUGGCCAGCACAUGAUGGAUCACAAUGUUUACAGCAUCUCGGCCACCGUGGUUCCUGAGGCCUCCACCCACUACCUCAUGUUCAACACUACCAACGUUCAAGCUUCGCAAGAUGAGUACUACUCAACUGGUAAGGGUGUCUACACGGCCCCUGGAGGCAUCACGAACGGCUUCCAGGAGUUGUCCAGUGAGCAGCUUAAGUCAAUCGGCGCCGGCGCGGUGAUUGAGGCGGGUCUCACCAACCGCUCAACUGUCGAGUUUCUCUUUGAGUCCUUCUUCUAUCCCAACAGCCCAGGCCCGACGUACGAACCUUCAGCAGAUGGGUCGUACAUUUCUAUCACAGUAUCAAGCAUGGUCGCGUUAUCCAAGGGCAAUGUCACCAUUCAGUCAAGCGGCAUGUCGGAUGCUCCCAUCAUCAACCCCAACGCAAGUUUAUCACCUUUAUGCAGCCUCUUAACCGGCUGCAGAGACCAUGCCUCAUCUUUGACCUGUGGUGAUGGCUAA